AUGUCCCAGUGCAAUCCCUUAUCCCAUGGGAUAUUGAAAGAGCUUGGCAAACUUGCAGAGUUGAAACAAAGGGGUCUGAUUCUUGACCGUCACUUCGAGACAAUCAAAGCACACGUGAAGGCGGGCAACUCCGUUGCGAAGGAGCGAUGGGACGCCAUCCAGAGCGCGUGGGGGCUGAAGCAGAACGGUGUCUUCGACAAAGAGGAGUGGGUCGCGCAGAUUGACGGCGAAACGCAGGGUAUUACCAGCAGCACCCGCCUGUCCGCUUCAUCCCAACGAGAUGCCGGCAGCGCGCGAGGUGCUGCAACGCCGUCUCAGCACCCACCUUCUGCCGCAGGUACCGCGAGGAGAACGGCCGUGGAUCGCGGGAAGCAAGCUAGGGAGAGAGCUGCCAAAGGCACUUGA